GAAACCCUGCAGCAUGACGACUAUAUAACCGCGGCUGGCACCAGAGUGGUCAUUCAGUCGAGACCUGAGAUAGUACAGCACCGUCCACAACUAAAGUUUCAGAGCCCUGUCAUGAAGGUCGCCGUCGUUCUCGCCUGCCUGCUGGUGGCCGCCGCUGCCAAGCCCCAAUUUGGUAGAUUUAGACCCGGUGGUGGAUUUGGCGGUGCCAAUUCUGGAUCCACUCAGGGACAGACCAGUGGUCUCUUCGGAAACAGCCAGAUUCAGAACAGCUUUGCUAACGCACAGGGCUCGGCGUUCGGCGGUGGAGCUUCCUUCAACAGCGCUGGCAGCAACGUGGGUCAGAGCACAGGGAUCUUCGGAAGCAAUCAGUUCGCCAACAACCAGGCCACCAGCAACCAGUUCGGACGCUAAGCGGAUACAUUGCUAGACGAAGAUUUCGACUAGUGUUUUGUUUUUUACUUCCGUGACUUUGCUAAAAUCAAGACAUCAUUCUUGUUGUUGUGACCACUGCCCAUCCAUGCUAUUUUGAUUGUGCAAUAUACAAAGUACAAACAAAAUAAAAAAAUGUUCUUGAA